AUGGCGCCAAACCCAUCAACCCAACGCCAACCCCUAAAACUACUGAUGCUACACGGCUACACACAAUCAGGCCCCCUCUUCCACGCCAAAAGCCGCGCCCUAACAAAACACAUCCAAAAAGCCUUCCCCCUGCACGAUGUCAGCACAAGCUACCCCACAGCCCCUCUCCGCCUCCUCCCAGCCGACAUCCCAGGCUACGAGCCCUCAGAAACAAGCAACGAAACUUCCUCAAUCGAAGCCUACGGCUGGUGGCGCCGCUCAAACACCGCCAAUCCACCUUUAUACACGGGCAUUGAGGAAGGGCUAGCAGCAGUAGCGCACACACUCACCGAAGAGGGACCCUUCGACGGUGUGAUUGGAUUCUCACAGGGCGCUGCGCUGGCAGCGAUGGUUGUGUCGUUGCUUGAGCCUGGACGGAAGGGUAGCUUUGAGCAUUUCGAGAAGAUUGUUGGAGAGUGUGGUGUGGCUGGUAUGCCGUUCCCUGAGUCUUUUGGAGAGCAGGCUGGGUUUAAACAUCCGCCGCUUAAGUUUGCGAUUUGUUAUUCUGGUUUUAGGGCGCCUGGGGCUAGGUACCGGGGUUUCUUCGAGGAGCCUGCUAUUUCUACGCCUGUUUUGCAUGUGCUUGGUAGUUUGGAUGCUGUUGUUGAGGAGGGGAGGAGUCGUGCUUUGAUUGAGGCUUGUGUUGGGGAGCCUGAGAAGGAGGGCCUGGUUGUUUGGCAUCCUGGUGGUCACUUUUUGCCUAGUCAGCGGCCUUACUUGGAUGCUGCUGUUAAGUUUAUUCGAGAGUAUGUUGGGCUUGAGGAGGAUAAGCAGAAGGCUGAGGAGGUUGAUGUCAAUGAUAUGGAUAUGCCGUUUUGA